AUGAAAGCAUCGGCUGCUCGAUCGCUACGAGGUGCUACGUGCUACGUCACGCUACGUGCUACAAGUCUCGUAGCUUAUGACUCUCGUAUUAAGGACGACUAACUGGAGUCGCGGUGCGGUGCGUUGCGGGGCAGCGCGGGGCGGCGCGACAUGUGGCGUCGGCACGCCUUCGCCGCCUCUCUCGUGCUCGCGUUAAACCUCAUCAAAGCGGCGUUCAGAAUGCACAUAUGUCCGUCCUCUAAGCCUCGCACCGACCUCAAUUUCCAUUCCCUUCGACGUGAAGGUAUUCAGCAAUCUGUGUCGACGCCCGGAGUUCCUCUGCAACUUCGCACGCAUCGCUUAUAUUUUAAUUAA